AUGCGAUUGCCCUUUCAGCGGCGUCGCUCGACGGCGCGCCAAGCCCAGAGUCUGAGCUCCAGUCUCCUGGGCCUGGCCGCUUUGGCGCCAGCUCUCACAGACGCCAUCACCUUCGACCCGGUGCCAUCGGCGAAUCUCGACUUUUCCAAAUUGGGGAGGAUUGGCGUUGUGGGAGACUUCAGUGGCAUCUCACUCUACGAAUUCGAAGGCCAGUCCGAGCGCGCGCGCAGCACAAACGGCAGUGAAUCGCUUCUAGCGCAGCUGCCCAAUGGUGCGCUUGGCUCACUCGUUUCCAGCGAUGCCUCGAUACGGGCCAUGUGCGCCUUUCAGCUCAGCAAUGGGGAUAUGCAGGGAGUGGUAAUAGGCGGUAAUUUCACGAGCUUGGACGGCACACAAUCAAAGGCGAUCGCACUGUUCAACCCAAACACCACCGAAAUUACACCACUGGAUGGUCUCGAGGGCGAGGUUAAUGCGGUCCUAUGCGACGAGGAGCGAGACACCGUAUAUGUCGGUGGCAACUUUAUUGGAGGCAACUCAACCAACGCAAUCGCGUGGGUCGGUAACGAGGGGUGGACAAACCUUCCGUUUGCUGGGUUUGAUGGACCGGUGAAUGCAAUCACCAAAGCCUCGAAUGGACACAUCAUUUUUGGUGGUGUCUUCACUGGACUAGGAAAUACCAGCACGCCGAGCCAACCCGACGGCCAAAGUAUCAAUCUGUCAAAGGCCAACAUCAGCGCUACCAACAGUGCCUCAACAAGCGGAUUCAGCGACCCAAAAAACAUUGUUUGCGCCGAAGGUACGGACGCCUCCGGGAGUGCAUGGCUGCUGGAGGACGACACUGCAGGUUCCUGGGACGCAGAGUUUGGUUUCAUGUUUAAGCCUACGAAGCUAAGACUUUGGAACACACAACAAGACGGCCGGGGGACCAAGACUUUCCGGUUCAUUGCCUUCCCCAUUAAUGGCAUCAUGAAUCUCACCUACACUGAUCCCGGUACCGGUAAGAACCAAACUUGCACCAGCGAAUGUCCUCUCAGCGAUGAGAAGGAGUACCGGGACUUCCACUUCAUCAACGAAGUUGGUAUGGACCAAUUCAGUAUUGCCAUUUCCGAUUGGUACGGCAGUGGCGGUGGUCUUGCUGGUAUUGAGCUCUUCCAGGAUGACAUCUUCGCAUAUGCUAUUACCGACUUCAACGAGCCGACUUGUGGAGAGGUCGAUUUCCCUUCCUCCGCAACUGCCACCGGCCCCUGGUCCGAGUCCCCGUCCUUCGACAGCAAUUCCCAAUAUCUGACCGCGGAGCUCACUGGUAACUUCUCGACACAGUCAGCCUCGGUGGUUUUCUAUCCCAACAUCAGGGAGUCUGGCAACUAUUCAGUCAACAUGUACACCCCCGGUUGCCAACAAGACAACUCCUGCUUGACGAGAGGCCGCGUCAAUGUGACUGGUGUAAUGCAGACUGGCACUGGCGAGGGUUCCAACUUCACCACCACUCUGUUCCAGACCAACAACUUCGACAAAUACGACCAAAUCUACUUCGGGUACAUUGAGCAGAGCUCCGAUUCAUUCAAAGCCGCCAUCACCCUUAGCCCCCUUGAUGACCAAGAUGUUGAGACUCUCACCAUCGUUGCUCAAAGGGUGGGGUUCACUCUCAUCGACUCUAAUGGAGGUCUCAACGGACUGUUCGACUUCAACCCGGAAGACGCAGUGAUCAAUUCAUCGAGCAUCGAAAACUCUACGAUCAACAAACUCGGCGCAAGCUUCGAUCGCGCCUCCGGUGUCACGGCCUUGGUGACAGAUGGCGAAACCACCUACGUCGGUGGAAACUUCACUUCUCAGGACCAUGACAACAUUCUUGCCAUUAUCAAGGCUGAAGACGUCAAGACCCUCGAUGGCGGCCUCAACGGCAAGGUUCUGAGCAUGUUCCUCAAUGGUACGAAGCUCUUUGUUGGUGGCGACUUCUCGAGCACACAGAACGGCUCAGUUGCGGGCAUGGACAACGUAGCCGUUUACGAUACAGAGGAGGACUCAUGGGAUGCCCUGGGUGCUGGUGUCGAUGGAAUGGUGGAGUACGUUGUGCCUCUAAGGGUCAACAUCACAGAGAACACUCCGGAAACUGUCAUUGCCUUAUCUGGCGUGUUUUCUCAAUGCAACGCUUUUGACAACAACAACGCUAUUUUGGUUGACGGGUUCGCCAUUUGGGUUCCUUCCAAGAACAACUGGUUGCAAAGGCUUGGUGGUAGCCUACCAGGUUACAGUGGUGUUCUUACUGCCGCCAUCUUGGAUCUUCCCAACGAUGGUGGCUCACUCUUCGCUGGGUCCAUUUCUUCUGCCCAGCUUGGUGCAAACAGCGCCGCAACCUUGUCAGAUGAAGGCCUCGGCCAGUUCCCACUCACCAUACAGCCUCAGUCGACAUCAUCCAACUCCUCGAGUCUCAGCCGCCGCGACGUUGUCUCCGUCAGCGACCUGUCCGGCGUGGUGACUGGUCUGUUCUAUGAUGAGAAUGACCGUAACAUCACCGUCCUUGCGGGUCAUUUCACUACUAAUUCCACAACUGGCAACGAGGUCAACAACAUCGUGCUCAUUGAGGACGAAAAAGUGACGGGACUCAGUUCCAAUCUUUCGAGCGACUCGACCUUUGUCACUCUCGCCAUGCGCGACAGCACACUUUUCGCCGGCGGUAGCAUCAGUGGUACCAUCAACGAUGAUGAGAUCAACGGACUCGUUUCCUAUGAUGUUGAGUCUAAGUCUUUCGGCUCACAGCCACCCCCGUUGUCGGGAGGCAACGGCACGGUCUCUGCCAUCGCCGUUCGUCCCGGGAGUGCCGAUGUCUACGUAGGUGGAUCUUUUAACCUCGCUGGCGCCUUAGAUUGCCCAGGUCUUUGUACGUACAACAUGGACUCGGACCAGUGGAACCGACCUGGCAGUGAUAUUGAAGGAAACGUGCACGGCCUGAUGUGGACGUCCAAGGACGACCUUGUGGUUGGUGGUGACCUCAACGCCAACGGCUCGGAUCCGCGAUACCUCGCGAGUUGGAACGCCAAGAAGGAAUCUUGGAGCGACUUCCCUAACGCCGAUGAGAUCCCCGGCCCAGUUCUACUCCUCACCCCUGCCUCCAGCGAUAAAGAUCAGAUAUGGGUCUCUGGAUCAUCGACUGAGAACGGCUCUAUCUUCAUCAUGAAAUACGAUGGAGAGAAGUGGCAUACUGCCGAGCCAACCCUGUCAUCGGACAGCGUGUUGCGCGGCCUCCAGGUCUUUUCUUUGACCGAGGAGCACGCCGAGAGUGAUAUUCUAGACAAGAAGCAGGUCCUGAUGAUCACGGGCUCGAUCGUCAUUCCCAACUUUGGGUUGGCAUCGGCAGCAAUCUUCAACGGCACCACCUACCAACCAUACGCAUUGACCAUCAACUCGGACAAUUCAGCUGGGAGCAUUGCAGGCAUCUUCUCUCAGAAGGACGACUUCUUCUCAUCUAAUGGGAAAAACAUGCCCUUGGUCUUUGUUAUUCUAAUCGGCCUUGCCAUCUCGCUCGGCUUGAUGCUCUUGCUUGUUCUAGCAGGCAUCAUUCUCGACCGGAUACGCAAGAAGCGUGAGGGAUACACCCCUGCGCCAACGUCCAUGUAUGACCGAGGAAGCGGUAUGCAAAGAGUACCGCCGCAUGAGCUCUUCGAGUCACUCGGACAGGGCCGAGCAGGUGCGCCACACGUAUGA